AUUAAAAAGAAGGUGGCAGAAAUGAAACUGAAGUUCAGCCACAUGGAAGGCACCAGCAAUUGUUCAGAUAUGGACACUCACUGUGUUUUUGAUGCUGCUGUAAAGAUCCCCUUCAGGCUGAACCAGAACCAGGCACUGCUGACUUUUGAAGAUGAAGAAGUUGCCCAGAGACUGAUAAAAAAGGGGAGGCACACUGUGAACCUGGACAACAACAAAGCAGAUGUGAGAGUGAUGCCUGUUCCACUUGACAUGGGAGUCAAAUUUGAGCUCCACGUCACUAUUUCUGGAAGGAAGAUCAACGUUUCAAACAUACCUGAGCUGCCCAUUCCUGAAGAUUGGAUGAGAGACAAAUUAGAGCUGAAUUUCUACAAAACUCAACAGGGAGGAGGAGGAGAAAUAGAAAAUGUGACCUAUGACAAUGAGUCUAGAAGAGCUGUGAUUACAUUCCUCACACCUGGAGCCAGCAACAGCUUUGGUGGAUGUCCUAAAUACCCUUUCUUUGCAAAUGGAAGGUGCUACACACUUUUUGUUUCCUCACAUGCCGACCUACACUUGAAAAACUGUCAGCCAUACUGUGGGGUUUCCAAGAAGACCAUUCUGCUGAAAGGAAUCCAAGAGGUGGAAGAGGAUGAGGAAAGUGUCCAGGACAUGAUUGAAAUCCACUUCCAAAAGCCGAGUAACGGCGGUGGGGAAAUAGAGAACAUCAAAUAUGUCUCCAAGGGAGCAGCAUAUGUUUGCUUUGAGGAGGAUACUGGGAAUGCCAUCUAGGAACUCAGCGGGAACUCCUCAAAUUCCGAGUUUUUGCUGCAUCAGAGGCGUGGGAACUGUGCUUUUAUGUUUGAAAUUUAUCCUUGGAAAAGAGGAAUUGCUGCCUUUCUGAUUCGUGCAAUGGCACAGGCUCUGCAUGGAAAUGCAGCAAAACUCACUGCUUGGGCUUCCAGAUGAAAGACAGAGAGAAAGCCUUUAUCACACUUGAAACACCAUCUAAGAUUUAAUGCAAAUUUGCAAAUUUUGUAUCUUGUAAAUUUUAUAUAGUUCCCAUACUCCAAAGUGGGAUGAAUAUAUUAUUUCUUAGAUUUUGGAUCCAAAAGCCCUGUGUAAUCCCAAUCCAAAGCCUGGAACAGACCUGCUUUGUUGAAGUGCCAGAUCUUCAGAAGGUGGCUCUGACACAACUCCAGUCCUGCUGAGGGCCACCAGAACUCAAAUACCUGAAAGAAAUCCUAUAAUUUCAUCAAAUCCAAUUUAUCCAAUUAGUAAUGGGAUUAAAAUAGAAAAAAAAGGGAGAGGGGCAGUGCAGAAACAUCAGUUCCACUCAAGGAAUUGCACUUUAAAAGGAAUGCCCUGGCAGGAAUGCUGCCUUCAGCUGCUGAGCUUCUACUAAUUCAGAGCCUGCUUUAUUGUUUGUGUUAAAUAUUUCUUUCUACAAUUAAAUUUUUCCUCAUUUUUGUCCAUGUUUUUUCCUCACUUCAAACUAUUUCAGCCCAGGAUUGAGCUGAUGCUUUGUCUAAACCAGACUGGUUUUGUAACAAAGCUGGGGAAACAGCCUGAGGGAUCUGGUGACUCCCAGGCUCUGGGAGGGUGUGGAGAGAGGGAACAGGGAAAUGCAGAGUCAGAGGAGGAUUUG